AUGGAAUCAAAAGAAAUUCAGUGACUUGGGUAUCCUGGAUAUGUUGGGAGUUAUAGAGAAGACAGAGAUUUGUAUGGGAAAAUAUAUACAGAUUUGAAAAAUUUAUGAAAAGCAGAAGAAAUUGAAGAAAACAAGAAAAUAAAAGGGAAGAAAAAGGAGAAAAAGGCGGAAAAUCCUGAGAAAAAAAUGAGGUCAAUUAUAUUGGAACUAGGUGCUGAAAGGAAUAAUAACCCUGAAGCAUUAGAAGCAAAAAGAAUAGAAAAGAAUAAUAAUCCUGAAGUAUUAGAAGCAAAAAGUAUAGAAGAGAGCAUAAACCCCAAAGUGUUAGAAGCAAAAAGCCGAGAAAAGAAAAGUAAUUUCAAAGCAAAAAGACAUGAAUUAGAAGAAGGAAGCUUCUCAAAUCCUAUAGUUUUACUUGAUUCCCCACCUCAAAGUCCAAGUAGCAAAGAAGAAGAUUUUACCUGGGAAGCAGAAAUCAGAAAACAAAGAAAAAUAGAAGAUCCAUCAAAUAGUUAUCGUUAUUUGCAGAUUUUUGAACAUUACCACCUAAAUGUGGAAUCUUUUCUGCGUGUGAAAAGAUAAUUCCAUAUGUGAAGCCCUUUUGAUUUCACAUGUGGAAUCUUUUCACAGCGAAAAAGAUUCCACAUUUAGGUGGUAAAGUUCAAAAAUCCGCAAAUAACGAUACUAUAUAUUUGGCAUAAAUCCUCUAAUUCUAAAAGAAGUACCAGAAGGCAAAGAAUACCCAUAUGAAAUGAAAAGUGCACUUAUAGCAGCUUAUAGGCUUAUUCAGCUCUAUGGCAUUGGCAGUAACUCAAACCAAGUAUAUGUCCUUGAUAAAGAAUUUUCACAAAAUCCAACGGUUUUAGAAGCCGUUAAUUGACUAGCUAAAAAAUGCAGCCAAUUCCCCUUUCAAAAGGUUUAUCAUGAAUUAGGAUUCAACUUUGACUUAGAAGAGCUUAGAAAAUCAAUUGAUAUUCACAGAAAACUGCAAAUCUUUGACAAGCUAGACUAUAAGAAAAAAUGCGACAUUAUGAAAGAAGUAAAGUUCCAAGAUAAGUUGCCAUGAACUUAUAAGCUUUAUACAGAGCUUAUACAUAGGUAUCUAAUAACACCAAAAAAUGAAUAUAGCCAAAUUUUGAGGGAUGUUGAAAUUUUUGAUGAAGGUACUAGUGGAAGGGCGUAUGACAGUCAAGCAAACCAUCAUUCUAUGCCAGACUCCCUGAUCUUAAUAAUAAGAGAUAUAAGCAAAUUCACUUCAAGCGCAAUUUAUAACAUGCUUACUCAUAUAUUAAAUUUUAUUUAUAUAUAGCACAUACCGAUUUUUUAUGGGAUAAAAAAAUUUUAUGCUUAUAAAGAAGAGUGUUAAAUUAUAUAAAUAUGUUAAUUUGGCUUUAUUAUAGCAUUUUAAGUAUGAAAUCCAGUCGAAUUCUGCUUUAAAAUAUAGAAACAAAUAAAUCAUUCAAGCAUAUGUAUCAUAAUCUAGCAUCGAUUUAGCUAAAUUAAUGUUUUAAAACAGAUUUAAUUUGUUUGAUAUAAAAAUCCUAAAAUUAGCACAAGAAUAUCAGCUAUGCUUGCCUAUUAGUUUUAUUUUUUAUAUUCAAGGGGUGAUAUAUAGAGUCUUUAAUGCUAGAAAUCUAUUUAAAAUAGUUCACGAUCAAAAAAUACUGUAAUAUUUUUUAUAUUUCUUAAUUUCAGGACUCGGUAAUUUAUUUUUGGAGGUGAGUGGGUUACAUUCUCGACCAUAUGGAACUAUGAACAAUAAAGAAUGAAUGCAACUUAUUAGCAAUAAGAUUGUAGAGAUUGCUUAUAAGCUUAAUGAACGAAUGUUCUUGGAUGAAUUUUAA